ACACAUUACCUUGUUUUCCUCCGGCGUAAGCAGUCAGAGCUCAAGUCUUUACCAACAAACAAACAUCAUUUCCACGCACCGAGUGUCGUGGUUGCCCCGGCACAAUUUAGCUGGGAUACUUCCUCCGCUAAGUCUUUUCAACUCGCGUGGACUAACUUUUAAACCGGUGCGUGUGAGAAGGAGCUGGAGAAGAAGUACGAGGGGGAGGUGGACCCACGCUCACUCGAGCCUCGCUCGCUCACUCACCCACCCGCUCGCUCGCUCGCUCCUUGCCGGUCUUUUGUAUCCAGCAGCUGCGUGUACAUGCUCAGCCGCUGGCGCUCCAUGAGGGGCAUCUUCUUACAGCUUUCCUGCAGGGAGUCUUUGCGCGUAGAUGAGGGAUAAGCCAAACUUCCACAUCUACUGCUUCCAACUACUAUUUUGACUUUUAACCUCUACGACCACCAUCAAGAUCACUCCGCGGUGCUCUUUGGAUUGUCAAGCCGAGAAAAGCACGCUGUACCCCGGUGCGCCACAGCAGCGCGACCCCCCCUCUCGCCUUCUACCAUGGAUGUACGUUUUUACCCCAAUGCCGGUGGAAAUGCUAUUCCCGGAGAACCAGCCAACCUGGAUUUCUCCCACUGUUUGGGAUACUACAACUUCAACAAGUUCCAGAACAACAACAACUACAUGAACAUGUCAGAAGCGAAUGGCACCCUGCUGACUGCUAGUGAUACCUUUCACACACCCAGUCUCGGGGACGAGGAGUUUGAGAUUCCUCCCAUCACACCUCCGCCAGAAAUGGAAUCCGGCCUCGGCCUGUCUGAAGGGGAUUCACCUUUCCACAUCAUGCCGGAGCCUCCAACCCAGCACAGGGGCUCCCUGAUCCCUCAGUUCCCCCCUCAGAGCUUGGAUCUUCCGUCCAUCACAAUCUCGCGCAACAUGAUGGACCAGGAUGGGAUUGCGAUCGGCAAUGGCCAAGCGGUGAAUGUUGGACCGGCCCAUCUCCGUCAGUAUUCAGCUAACCCAGCCAUGCUGAUGAAGUCCAUCGGCAACAUAAGCGUCCCUAACGGGAUGGUCCCGCGAAAUCAGCUGACCACCAUCAACCAGUCGCAUCUCAACACGCAGCUGAACCUGAACGCGGGGGGAGCCAAAAUUGCCCACACUUCCCCAUCGCCACCGGCCAGCAAAUCCGCCACGCCGUCGCCCUCAAGCUCCAUCAACGAAGAUGACCAGGAUGACGGCAACAGGGUGGUGGGCGAAAAGAGACCGGCACCCGUCGAUCCCACGAAAAAGCCCAAGACACCCAAAAAGAAGAAGAAGAAGGAUCCAAACGAGCCUCAGAAACCAGUGUCGGCAUAUGCCCUGUUCUUCCGAGACACGCAGGCCGCCAUCAAGGGUCAGAACCCGAACGCCACCUUUGGCGAAGUGUCCAAGAUUGUGGCAUCCAUGUGGGACGGUCUCGGGGAGGAGCAGAAACAGGUGUACAAAAGCAAAACAGAGGCUGCCAAGAAAGAGUACUUGAAGGCCCUGGCAGCAUACCGCGCUAGUCUGGUCUCCAAGGCUGCAGCGGAAUCCGCAGAGGCGCAGACGAUCCGGUCUGUGCAGCAGACCUUGGCCUCCACCAGCCUCUCUCCAGGUCUGGUACUGCCCUCGCCCCUCAAUCAGCACCCCUCCAUGCCUUCGGCCUCCCAGGCUCUUCAGCAAGUCCUACCCCGAGCCAUCGCCCCCAAACCCCUGCAGAUGAGACUCGGGGGCAGUCAAAUUGUCACCUCGGUCACCGUUUCCCACCAGAACAUGUCCCCAGCGAUGCCGCAAAUGCUGGGCCAGAUGGGCUCCGGCGGCACCAUGGCGCAUUCCACGGCCGUGUCGCAGAUGAGCCCGCCCAUGCAGCAGCAGCACGCCAUGCAGCAGCAAAUGCAGCAGCACCUCCAGCACCACCAGAUGCAGCAGCAGCAGAUGCACCACCAGCAGAUCCAGCAGCAGAUGCAGCAUCAGCACUUCCAGCACCACCUACAGCAGCAGCUCCAACAGCACCACAUCCACCACCAACAACAACAAACGCAGCAGCAGCAGCACUUGCAAAUGCAGCACAUGCAAAUGCAGCAGCAAAUGCAUCAGCAGCAAAUCCAACAUCUUCAACAACACCAGUCCCAAUGUUCGCCGCCGCAUCACUCUCCCGGCACGCCCCAUUCUGUGGGCUCCGCGUCGCUCGGCAGCCCCCAGCCAGCCCCCCAGCAGCAGAACCCUGCGCCUCCGCAACACCCCUCCCAGAUCCAGGCCCACGCCCAGGUCCUUUCCCAAGUCAGCAUUUUCUGAGCCAAAAUCCAACAAGGACAUGAGAAUAAAAGCAUCGGUCCAGGUUGCUUUUCAGCGUUGCACUUAACAAGUGUGUCACAAUUUAGAAUGUUAUCACAAGAAGAACUGGUGUUGAUUGUUAUAGACGGAUAUGCACUCGCGUAGAAAUGUGAGGCCAAAGGGAGAGAGGGGUUGAUGGGGUUUCGUCCAAGCUCGGAUAGCGUUGACCGACACUCCCUCACUUACGAACAAGUUACGUUCCACAAGACUUUUCUUGUCUUCAUGAGUUCUUUUUUUUUAAUUGUUGCUAUAUGUUUCUUAGCUUACCUUGAUCGUUUAAAAGACUCACUACGAAAUACUCAUACAAAUUUUCAUAACGAAUACCGUGAUUCUUGUACUUGUUUCGUUUUCUUCGGUGUGCCUUUCUUUAACAUCGAAAAGGACUUUCCAGGUGGACGGCCGCAGUCUGAAGAAAUGAUCACUCAUUUUUUUGGUCUUUGUGAGUCUUGUUGUAACCUUUGAGAAUAGCUCAAUGUCGGGAUCCUGAUGCUCAAAGAAAUGGCGACCCUUCUCCGGAAGAUAAAAUGUAGUUUUCAUCUGAAACAUCUUGGAUGAAACAGGUUCCUCUUCUUCUUGCUUUUCAUUUCACUGCAAUUCUUCCAGUAGUCCAAAGUGCUGCUUGGCAUGAUUUGUGGCGGUACACCGAAGCCACGCAACUCAAAAAUUCAAUUUCUUUUUUGAACAAACUCAUCAAUCUUCAUCUCCAAAAUAUAUCCUGAGUUUGACGUUCGUAAGUAAGGGUGUGCCGGUACUCGUUUUGUUUGUGGUGUCUUUCAGAUAUCUAUGGGUACGCCAUGUGUCCGUCAAUGUUUUUAUUUAAUGCAAAAGCUUUAUUUUUGGCCAGAGGCGAUGACAAAUGGGAGGGACUCAUGUAACUGACUGGACUGGUCCCUGAUUGGGAGGACGUUUUCAAGACCCGUAAGAUCAUUUUUCUGCCGCCGUGUCGUCCAAGUGUCGCUGUUAUCUGCUGUACGUGUUUUUUGUGGAGACGGGGCUGCUACUGCCCCCCAUCUAAUCCCUCAAAAUCCAAUCGUCUAUUACUUUUCACAUCAGUUGUUGAAACAAGUAAAUUGUCUUAUUUUUGUCAAACAAAAAAAGGGGAUAUUUUAUAAUCCAUUUCACCAGGCUGACGCUUUGGAGGAGAGUCAUGUAUUUUUUACAGUGACAACAAAUAUAUUAAAAAAAAGAAUAAAUAAAUAAAUACUACAAAUAAAGCAGAGCUGAUCUGCUGCUGCACUGCCAAAGCCAACUGAAAAUUAAUUCUCUAAAAAUACAAAAGGCAUUGGAGAGGGUUUUUUUUUGCCAGCUGUACUGUAGACCCUGAAGUAAGUCAGAAACACACACAAAAAAGAAAUUGUUGUACAUUUUUUCAUAUCACUUGUAAAGUUUUAAUAUGUGAGGCUUUAAUGAAAACAUUGUUCAAAUGACCUGUGGAUUGCUAUAUCGCAUAAUGCGUUUUCUGCUCUUUUUCUACUUUGUUUUUAUGAGUUACAAUAGCAACAAUACAUUUUUCUUUCUACCUUCGCUUUGCCAUACAAGUAGACAAGUCAUCAAUGCGUCCCAGAGACAUUCCAUCACACAUAAUAUGAGAGUAGCCAUACUUUUUUUUUUGUAUGAAGUAUUAUAUAUUUGUGUGUUCAGAAUUAAACUAUCAAUCGCAAAUAUUUAUUUGACCGGAUCCCUUUUGUUUCAGGAGUUACUAUGCCUUUUAUCUUAUUGUUAGCUACUAAAUAAAUACACUGAUGAAAGUGA